AUGUCUCUAUAUCAUGAGACGGCCGAGGUUCUGUCGGCUUCAGGCCCAGCCGGCGGCAAUCUGAAAACACGCAUCUUUGGAAAGAAGGAUCUGAAGACUUCUCAACAACAAAUCUAUGCACUAGCCGUGGAAACAUGCAAGUGGAGUCCCGUUUUGAAGGAAGUUAUUGAAAAUGCUGAUAUCCUUCGGGUCGAGCGCAAGCUCAACCCGAUCCUCGCUGUUUUGCUGGUGCACGACUUCCUCUUAGCAAAGCAGGGCAUUGCUCUCCCGGCUACACAUGGGUUGAGGGCAUCUGUCGAGCGGCACAAGGCCCGCCUGACUUCAGAGUUCACGAGAUCAAGACUAAGAAGGAAGGCGCCAUCAGUUGAUGUCUUGCGGCAGCAAAUAGAAGCCGACUAUGCUGUCAAUUCUGGGGCACAUCCCCGCUGGGUGCGUGUAAAUACGCUUCUGACAACUCUCGAGGAUCAACUGGAAUCGACCUUCAAAGAAUUCACCAGAGUUUACGUGGUAGGAGAUGUCAUAUCUGGCUUGGGCAAAACCAUGUAUUUGGACGAGCACAUUCCCAAUCUCAUCGCCAUAACACCAGGCUUCGAGAUCAGCAAAACGGACGCUUACAAAACAGGCAAAAUAAUAUUGCAGGAUAAGGCAUCCUGUUUUCCAGCGUAUCUGCUUGAUCCUUACUCCGAGGACGGUGAUGUUAUCGACUCCUGCGCUGCGCCGGGUAACAAAACAACUCAUCUGGCCGCUAUAGUCCACUCGCGCAUCCCAGAAGGCGAAGACAAUCAUUCCACGGUGUAUGCCUUUGAAAAAGAUCGCCAUCGGGCAAAGACCCUGGAAAAGAUGGUUCAGCUGGCUGGUGCAAAGGACAUCACGCGCAUUAGCAUUGGGCAAGACUUCCUGAAGGUGGACCCCAAAGCAGCACUCUUCAAGAACGUUGGGGCUCUGCUGCUUGACCCUAGCUGCUCGGGAAGUGGUAUUGUUGGUCGGGACGUAAGGCCUACGGUCCAUCUCCCAGUCGCCCCUGACGCGAAGGCCCAGAAAUCAGGCCAAAAACCGGCGCACAAGCCAGGAAACAGCCAGGGCCGUAAACGCAAGCGAGACGAAACCACACCGGGUGAAGACAGCCCGCCAGUGGUGGUUGAUGACGAUGGAAAACAGACGGUACUUUCUGAACAGGAGUUGGCGGCGCGCCUGGAUGCCCUAUCAUCGUUCCAGCUUAUACUUCUCGAGCACGCCUUCAAGUUCCCGUCAGCCAAGAAGCUCACCUACUCGACAUGUUCAGUUCAUGCCCAAGAGAAUGAGCAAGUUGUUCUCAAAGCAUUGAAGUCCGAUAUAGCAAAGCAACGCGGGUGGCGCAUAUUGACGCGAGAUCGCCAAAUUCGAGGCAUGAAGGACUGGCCCGUGCGAGGGUCUGUGGAUGCUGCUGACGGCAAUGCCAUUGUCGCGGAGGCCUGCAUUCGCUCGUAUAAGGAUGAUGGACGCGGUGUGAUGGGCUUUUUUGUUGCCGCCUUUGUUCGCGACGGUGAACAGUCUAUUGCGGACGACGAUGAGCCAUAUGUACGGGAUGAAGAUGGUCGAAUCGUCAGGGAUAUGUUUGGAAUGCCUAUGUUGAAACCAGAUCAUGCCACCACGGCGGCGGCGGCGGCGGCUCCUGAUCAUACACGUCAGGCCGUGGGUCACGUUCUUGUCACCGGCGCGGACGACGCAGAGAUGGACUCUGAUUCAGAUUCAGACUCCGCCAGCGACGAUAGCGCAGGUAAUUCAGAGAGCGUCGAUGAUGAAGAAUGGGGUGGGUUUGGCGAUUAG